UUCCGGAAACAUCAGGUAGGCUGGUCUCUCUCCAGGUAGGCUGGGCAGUCCAGCGAUCCCUAAAUCACCACCAAGGUAUGUGAGGCUGGCACUUCUAGAAAGUUGAACACUUGUCGCCUGUUAAUGGUAUCCUAUACCAUCUAUAAUGGAGAUUACACGGGAAAAGGUGGUGUCCUUGUUGAUCGAGGGUAAUGGAAAAGUGAAGAACUCCGAUUUACUUGGCUGGUUCAGGAGCUGCUUCGACUCCAGCGACCCCGUGGCGAAGAAGCACAACAGGGAUCUCUUCAAACGCAUCGUCAACCACCUGGCCGUGGUGAAGGAGAUCGAUGACGUCAAGUACGUCGUGCUGAAAACAAAGUAUCAUCAUUUAUUAACCGAGAAUCAACAUGGAAAUCCUGUGGAAAAGAGUGAAAGCUCCGAGUCUCGCCAGGCAGGAGUGCACAUACCUGGGCGGCGCCAGAGAGCAGAGGAGCCCGGGGACGAGGUAGGAGGAGGCGGCUCGACGUCUUCUGUUUCUCAACAACCAUUAACAACCUCACCUGCGGCUGUUGCUAACGCUGAAGAGAAUGAACUACACUUGGAUAGAGACUCUGCUGCCUCAGCCAUAGAGUUUGCGUUGAAAAGGACCAACUUUUCAGACUUGAAAUUACGAAAAUCCUUUCACUGCGAAAUAGGUCAUGGUUCAAAAACUGACGUCCCCAACCCCAGAAAGCCUUAUGGCUUGCCUCUGAGGACGCCCCCAACCGAGAUCCAUAACCUCGAAUGCGUCUCAGAUGACCCCAGCAAAGAAGGAAACCCACCCCCCCUAGAGGCCCUCAAGGGCACCCCACCGAAGACCCCCCAAAGCCACAACCCCAGAAAAUCAUAUGGCUUGCCUCUGAGGGCGCCCCCAACCUACACAAAAUCCGAGAUCCAUCGCAUCUCAGAUGACCCCAUCAAAGAAGAAAACCCGGCCCCCCUAGAGGCCCUGAAGGGCCCGCAGCCGAGGACCCCCCAAAGCCACCGCUCGCCGCUGCUAGGGCGGGCGGUGAAGAUCACCAAGCCCUCCCAGGAGGAACCUGUCCGGGACCCCCGCUUCCCCUCCACGGUCCCCCUGGAGGCCACGGAGCAUGAGUGGCUGGUGAAGUCGGCGGCGGGCCAGUGGGGCCAGGUGUACGGCCUCAUGCUGCAGGACAACCAGCUGGUGGAGAAGAGGGACUUCAUGUCGGGCUUCACCGCGCUCCACUGGGCCGCAAAGUGGGGCAACAGCGACAUGCUGGCCAAGAUGAUCCGCGUGUCCCGGGAGAGGGGGGCUGAGGUGGACGUCAACGCCCGGACGCACGGGGGCUACACGCCGCUGCACAUCGCCGCGCUACACGACCAGGAGUUCGUGCUGGGCAUGCUGGUGCGCGAGUUCGGGGCCGACGCCCGGCUCCGGGACAACUGCGGCAAGAGGGCGUACCACUACCUUCACAGGGGGAUGACGGGGACGGUGAGGGAUCUGCUUGGGGAGCCCAGGGCGACACUGGCCCCGGAGGAGCAGGAGGAGCCCCGGGGCCAACCCGACAGGGAGGAGGCGGACCUCUUCAAGGGCCUGCAGACCAUCAGCCGCCUGUUCCAGCCCCAUGUCAGCGGCACGCACAGAAAGAAGCACAAGCACCGGUCGGAGAUCUACUCGCUGAGCGAGGACCCCCGUGAGGAGAGCGAGUAGAGGCCCGGGUUAAGGCGCUGUAGGUCAGAUUGAGGAGAGCGAGUAGGGGCCCGGGUUAAGGUGCUGUAGGUCAGAUGUGGCAACGAGAACGGGGCAGGGGAUAGCAAGGUUUAGGAACCUUUCUAGGUUUCUCCGCCAUUGAGAAGCGUUGCAUUUCCCGUACCUGUGAUUAACUGGCAAGAUGGAUUCCCUGAACCGAUCAGGUAACAAAUGGCCUCGUUGGUCAGGAAUUAGUGGGGAGCAUUCCUCAAUCAAAUCUGGUUCAUACAGAGUCAGGGGCCGUAAACUGUAAACAGGCAUUAUCACUGAACAUUUCACUCUUUAAUGGUUAAAAUAUGGCUGCGCCAAUUCUAACUAAUAAACUAAAAUAAAGGAUCUUGAAUCUAACCUACAGCACCCUAAGAUAUCUUAAGGGAUUAUUUGUCUCUGUUUUGAUGUGUUCUAUUUGAGGGACAUUUUUGAUCUUUUCGCAGUGCUCCUUCAAAGCCUGAUUUAGUGUGUGAUUUCUGGUUUUUAUAAAUAUUGCCUUAAAUAACAAUCAAAUAGUUUCCACAGUUAACAUUCAACAGGGAGAGAAGUUAUGAAAAAUUUUUAUCAGAUAUGGGGUUUCUGUUGUCAGUUUUUUUUCAAGAGGAAGGAAAGCCACAAUCAAAGACCCAAAGUCUUUCGUUCAGGAUUGCUGCCUUGGUUGAUUUAUUUUGGACUGCGACUUUGAUCAAGACAAGCUACAUUAUGGAGUUUAUGAAGAAUGCAGAAAUGCUGACCAGAGGGGCAAAGUAUACCUUGUUUUUCCAAAGGUGUAAUUUUUAAGUCUUUAUCCUAGCCAUUUCAGAUGAUAGAAAUAUGCUGCUUAAACAAGUAUAGACCCUAUGUUAACAUUAUGCAUGAAUCUAUGUAUUACAUUAAGACAUUUAGGUGUUUUAUUUGUAUUCAUGUCCAUAACCUUCUAUAUUCCUAGGGUUAGGUUUGGCGAUAGCCCAUUGAUUAAAAAUGAAAUGAUUCUUCCUCCAUGUCCCUCUUCAUCUUCCUCAAAUCUGCAUUUGUCUAAAUCUCCUGAAGAUUAAGAAGAUUUACUUUUGAUCUGCAGUUUGGUGGUACAAGGGCAGGAGUGGUGGUGCCGGCGAAAAGUACCAGGAGGCUAACUUCUAGACUCCUAUGAAGGAUCUGGUGGCAAAUAAGGUCAAUACAAACUACAACUAAUGAGGGAGGGUUUCAAAUGUGCACAUGUUUGCAGAGGAUAUCCUGUUUAUACAUUGUGUACGUUUAUGUGUGGUAAUCCUUGGAAAUAUGCGCUGACGUUUGACUGAAAAGAAAAGUACAUUGUUUAAUCAUUUGUGUGCAUAUUUAUAUAAAUAAAUGUAUCAUACUGGUGA